ACUCAGUACUGCCGACCACAUCAGCUACCCGGAAAACGGACACACUCACGAACAGCACGGACAGGUAGAGUUCGUUUUCUGAGAGCUGAAGUGUGUACCUGAUAAACACGACAAUGGCUAAACUUAAUCGCUGUUUCCAACGGCUUUUUGUCUUCUUCAACCUGCUGUUUGCGGUCGUUGGAGGUGUGAUUAUCGGCCUGGGACUUCUGGGUCAAUUCGCCUACAAUGACAGCACUUCAGAGUUUGAGAACCAGACCAAUGGGUUUCUGGUGAUGUAUCUGGUAGGAGGCAUCACCAUGGCCAUGUCUCUGCUCGGGGCGCAUGGAGCACACAGAGAGAAGAGAAUUCCCCUGAUCGUGUUUCUGGUGGCCUGUUUUAUUUGCUGCUUCGGCCUCCUGCGUCUGGCGGUGCCCACAGCCAUGUACCGUCCUGAGAUGAAGCAGAUUGUGGAGGAGAAGUUCCGUGAGGGCCUGCCUCUGAACGAAGCCUCCCCUGAUGUUAGACAGUUCACUGAGAGGGUUCAGCUGAAUUUGAAGUGCUGUGGGCUGUUCAGUUACACAGACUGGGGCAACAACGUCCCUGACUCCUGUCUCUGUCAGGGGGAGGAAGAUCAGAUGGAGGGUACAUGCCUGAACAUUCCAUACCAGUUGUUCCUUUCAGAGUACAGGAUGACUGGACACCAGAAGCUGAUCUACAAACAGACCUGCUUCCCCAUCCUCGAGGGCUACCUGGCUAAAGCUCUGGACAUCGUGUUGGGCGUUUCCUUCGGAUUAGCUGCUCUGGCUCUCCUGGGAGCGGUGAUGUCUGCCGUCCUGCUGGCUCAGCUGAGGAGCUCUACCGUAGCGGUUCCUGUGGUGUUCAGUGUCAGCUCAUCCAAGUCCGGCUUCAGUUCACACCCACCCAAGUACACCGAGCUUUACAACGAGCCUGAGAAGUGAAAAAGCAGACUGAGGUUCAGGAUGUGGUUAGUUAGAUGACAUGGUUUUAGGCUGUUGUUCAGUCUGGCUCAGCAUAGAAAUAUAACUACUAGAAUGGUUAAAGCCCCACAACCAUGGGGUAUGAUCAAUAUAGUUGAAUGGGGAUUGUCUUUCUAGUGGUCUAUUUCUAUGGUGUCCAGACUCCCACUGUUUUCCUUCCACAUCUUCUUAUGGUUGUUGUUGUGUGUUUUUCAACGAGAGGUCUCCUUAACUCUCUUUCUGACUGUCAAACCAAAAAGGAAGGUGCUGCUUCCUUCUGUGUGUAAUUAGCUUUGAUUUGAGUUCUACGUUUAAAGAGAAUCACCACCGGUGGUUUUAUACAUAUGCAGCGAGUUCUGAGUAAAAUGGUUGAGGAACGUUACGUUUUAUUUGCAGAAUGAGACACAAUGAACCGGCAGGGCGUUUUGAAAAGAGGAUAUCACAAAGAGAGAACAACUCUGAGAUAGCAAUGAACCGGCAGGGCGUUUUGAAAAGAAGAUAUCACAAAGAGAGAACAACUCUGAGAUAGUAAUGAGCCGGCAGGGCGUUUUGAAAAGAAGAUAUCACAAAGAGAGAACAACUCUGAGAUAGUAAUGACAGAAUGUCAUUUCCACAGGACUUUGAAUGUCAAAUCAUUUGCCUUGAAACUGCAAUAAUAAAAAGGGAAGCGAAAGGGAAGGUUGACAAAGAGAAACAGGGAAAUAAAUAUCUGCCGCUGACAGAAGUCCUGUAGCUUUUUGCAAUGAAAUGGAACGUUUAAGUGUUUUGCUAUGAACUGUAAAUCCUUAUAUGAAAUAUACAACAUGCCAACUGUCUUGCUCUCUAUGUUUCUAAAUAAAGCAUCUGUCUUCUA